GCGAUAAUUUUUUUUUAUAAAUACCGAUCUCUGGAGCACUCUGCGCUUCCUUUUCUUUUCGCUACUACUUACAUCCUUUCCAUUUCUCAGCACAGUCCUCUCACACACACAGCUACAGCUAAUAGCUCCACUCGCACUACUACAAGUCUAAACAUGCAAGCAUACGGAUCAGCAGCAAUUCGAGCAUCCACUCGCACCUUCCACAACCAGCAAUACAAAUUAGCAGCACAGGCAGCAGCGAUGCCACGCAGCUUCUAUUCCACCACACAGCCUCCCAAGCAAACAGCCGGCGACAGCAACAAUGAGACGCUGCAGUACUUGGACCGUCUCAAGGACUCUGAAAUCGAGUUCCAGAGCAAGGGAGAGCAUGUCAGCGGCGACUUCUGGAAGACUGAGCCGGGCAAGUACAACAGAGCAGAGAAGGAUGUAAGCAUUCAAAAAUCUUUUUUUUUUUUUUGGUACAUUUGCGUUUUGCCCAAAUUUGCCCUCCGUGAGAAAAAAAUAAAGGUGGCUAAAUCUUCCCUUUCUUCUAGAUCGACCAGAAGGGCAGAUAAGCAGAACGAACCAACGGCUUAUGCUUGGAUACUGGGGAAGGAUGACGAUGGGAGCAGUAAGCAGAGCUACUUCUACUAUGGUCUCUCUCUUUCUCUCGCUCUUUGUUUGUUUGUUUGUUUGUUACUUAUCCAUCUAUGCGCUCUAUACAACACCGUGUAUAUAAACCCUCGUCCUGUCUCUCUUCUACUUGCUGCUAACUAAAAAACCUACUACAUCCUAUACUUCGUACCAUAUUACAUUUCUAUCCCAUCAUCACAUUACCAUACAUAACCCCCCCCCUUUGUGCCAUUGUAUAUUCUCUCUAUCUUCCUUUCGAAAUAAUAAAAAGCCACACACACGCUUACUCUACAC